AUGGCCCGACGCAAGAGCCGUGAUGGCAAGAAGGCCAAAGAGGAUAAGAACGCUGCGGUUGACAAGAACGCCAAGACGGAGGAGGAAGAAGAGAAACUCGAACCAGUCUCCUACUUUGCCCUCUACCGCUACGCCGACGCCUUUGACUGGGUCCUGGUUAUCGUUGGAUCCCUGUGUGCCCUCGCUCACGGUGCCCUGUCCCCCGCGUUUGUCGUCUUCUUCGGCGAUGUGAUUGACAGCUUUGGCGCUGAUGCCGACCCGGCAGAUCUGAUUGACAGCGUGGCGCAAACCAGCCUGUACAUCCUGUACCUUGCGUGCGGCGCUGCCGUCACGUCAUACUUCCAAGUCGCCUGCUUCACUCUCUCUGCGCAGCGCCAGAGCCUGCGCAUCCGCAAGCUGUACUUCAAGGCCCUGGUACGGCAGGAGAUGGCCUGGUACGACCAGCACAAGACCGGCGCCCUCUCCUCCCGCAUCUCCAGCGACGUUCCGCAGAUCCAAGAGGCGCUCGGCGACAAGGUCGGCAGCUUCCUCCAGUUCCUCGGCAUGUUCCUCGCCGGCUUCAUUGUCGGCUUCAUCUACGGCUGGAAAAUGACGCUCGUCAUCAUCGGCAUGGCCCCUCUCAUCGGCAUUGGUGGUGCGCUGAUGAGCAAGUACAUUGAGCAGGCGUCCUCGGGCGGGCAGGGCUUCUACGCAACGGCGGGCAGCGUUGCAGACGAAGUGAUUCGCAUGAUCCGCACCGUCAUUGCCUUUGACACGCAGGACCGCGAGGUGGAGCGCUACCACAAGGAGCUCGACGGUGCACGCAAGGCCGGCGAGCACGGCGGUCUCAUCCAGGGUUGCGGCAUGGGCUUUACGUUCUUCAUGAUCUUCAUCUCGUACUCUGUGACGUUCUGGUUUGGGUCGUAUCUCGUUGACGAGGGCGAGCUGACGGCCGGUGAGGUGAUUAUUGUCUUCUUCUCCGUCAUCAUCGGCGCCAUGUCCCUUGGCCAGGCCGCCCCCAACAUCAAGGUGAUGGCCGCUGGCCGCGGUGCUGCGCGCGCCAUCUUCGACGUCAUUGACCGCCCGUCCGAGAUUGACUCGCUGUCCGAGGAAGGCGCGGUGCCCUCCAAGCUCACGGGCCACAUCCGCUUCAAGGACGUGGACUUCACCUACCCGACUCGCCCUGACGAGCAGAUCCUGCACAAGCUCAACAUCGAGGUGAAGCCGCAGGAGACGGUGGCGCUGGUCGGCGCGUCCGGUUGUGGAAAGUCCACGACCGUCGCCAUGCUGGAGCGCUUCUACGACCCGACGGCAGGCAGCAUUGAGCUCGACGGAACAGACAUCCGCAAGCUCAACAUCCAGUGGCUGCGGUCACAGAUUGGCCUGGUGAGCCAGACCCCGGUGCUGUUCCCCACCACCAUCGCAGACAACAUUGCGCUUGGCAAGGACGAUGCAACAGAGCACGAGGUCCACAGCGCCGCAAGGAUGGCGAAUGCGCACGACUUCAUCAUGGCGCUGCCUGACGGAUACAACACCAUGGUCGGCGACUCCGGCACACAGCUCUCCGGCGGACAGCGGCAACGCAUUGCCAUUGCUCGCGCUCUCAUCAAAGCCCCAAACAUCCUCCUCCUCGACGAAGCAACCAGCGCGCUGGACAACGAGAGCGAGGCGAUUGUGAAGGAGGCGCUUGACCGGGCAUCGACCGGCCGCACCACCAUCAUGAUUGCGCACCGCCUGUCCACCGUGUUCUCUGCAGACAAGAUUGUAGUGAUUGACCACGGGCGUGUGGUGGAGGCUGGCUCGCCGCAGGAGCUGCUUGACCAGCAGGGCGCCUUCUACCGCAUGGUGCAGGCGCAGCACGGCCACGGCGGCGAGAACAGCCCGCACGGCCGCAUGUCAAUUGACGUCGCAGGCAAGCUCAACGCCAAGGUGCUGGCAGACUCGGGCAACGUUGGCGUGAGCACGGCGUCCUCGUCGAUGCAGAACACCAAGGCUGUGGAAGUACGGCUGACGGCGGACAUGGACGAGUCUGUGGAGAAGGCUGCCGACGAGGUGCCCAAGGUUGACCGCAGCAUGGUGGGCUGGGCCUUUGAGCUGAACAAGCCCGAGCUCAAGUACAUUGUGAUGGGCUGCAUCUGCGGCGCCAUUGAGGGUCUCAUCUGGCCCGUGUACGCCGUGCUCCUUGCCGAGAUUCUCACCGUCCUCAACACGGACAACAACAAGACGCGUGUGAACCAGUAUGCCUCUGGCUUCAUUGGCAUUGCUGUGCUGGCCACUGUUGUCCUCAUUGGCAAGCUGUACUUCCUCUCUGUUGCUGGCGAGCGGCUGACGAUGCGGCUGCGCGACAUGGUGUUCCGGGUGAUGGUGAGCAAGUCUGCCGGGUGGUACGAUGACCCGCGCCACUCCCGCGGCAUCCUCACCACGCGCCUGUCGUCCGACGCCUCUGCUGUUCGCGGCACGCUCGGUGACCGUCUUGGUCUCUUUGUGCAGAUUCUUUUCACCAUCCUCGGCUGCAUCACCGUUGCCUGCAUCUACUGCUGGCGCGUUGGCCUGGUCAUCCUUGCCGCCUUCCCCGUCGUUGCACUUGGCGGCGCCGUGCAGUUCAAGAUGAUCAGCGGCUUCUCCACGGGCAAGGCCUUUGAGCGCUCUGGAAAGUUUGCCAGCAUCGCCGUCGAGGAAGUCCGCACCGUCGCUUUCCCUUGCUUUGUUCAGGAUUACUAUGCCACGCUGGAGUACCCGAGCUCUGUGAUGAAGAAGACAGCGCAGAUCCAGGGCCUCACCUUUGCCUUCUCUGAAUUUUGCGUGUUUGCCGUGUGGGCGCUCGCCUUCUGGUACGGCAGCGAGGUUGUUGACGACGGCUUCUGCGGGUUCAACGAGAUGUUCACAGCACAGAUGUCCAUUGUGUUUAUGGGCAUCAUCGCUGGACAGGCUGGGUCGCUUGCGCCGGACGCUGUCAAGGCAAAGCAGGCUGCCAGCCGCCUCUACGCCAUGAUUCAGAUGCACAAGGAGGAGCAAGAUGCCGAGGCGGAGAAGACGUAUGUGCGGCCCCAGAUUACGGGUCGCGUUGAGUUCAAGGACGUCGACUUUGUGUACCCGACGCGCCCCGAUGCGCAGGUGCUGUCCAAGCUGAACCUGUCGGUGGAGCCCGGCAAGACGAUUGCCCUGGUCGGCCAGAGCGGGUGUGGCAAGAGUACGAUGAUUUCGCUGAUUGAGCGGUUCUACUCGCCCGUUGGCGGCAAGAUCCUGGUGGACGGCGUGGACGCGGAGAAGAUUGACCCGGGCCACCUCAGGAAACACAUUGCCCUCGUCACCCAGCAGCCUGAGCUGUUUGCGUCUUCCAUCAAGGAGAACAUUGCAUACGGCAUCCCCGAAGACGUGCCCAUGGAGCGCAUUGAGGAUGCGGCGCGAAAGGCCAAUGCCUAUGAUUUCAUCCAGGAGUUUCAGGACAAGUUUGACACGCUCGUUGGCGAGAAGGGCGCGCAGCUCUCCGGUGGCCAGCGCCAGCGCAUUGCUGUUGCACGUGCUCUGAUCCGCGCAGACGACAUCAAGAUUUUGCUGCUGGACGAAGCUUCCGCUGCCCUGGACACCAAGAGCGAAAAGCUCGUGCACGAGGCCUUGGACAGGGCGCGCAAGGGCCGCACGACGUUUAUUGUUGCGCAUCGGCUGUCCACCAUCAAGAACGCAGACGAGAUUGCUGUCAUCAAAGACGGCAGGGUCGUCGAAAAGGGGUCGCACAAGGAACUGAUGGCGAAGAAGCAGCACUACUAUGAGCUCGUCAGCUCGCAGGAGUUUGUGACGUAUGAAGAAGACGACGAGACAAGCGGCAGCAACACGCCCUCCCCCGCCAACACCGAUCACAAUGACGAUGACAACAACGAGCACGACGACGACGACAAUGACAAUGAUGGCGGUGCCACCGGGGAACACCUGCCUGCUCCAGGUGAUGACCAUGGUGAUGAUGAUGAUGGCGAUGACAAUGGCGAUGGUGGUAUGCACACGAACGGUGGUGUUGCUCCUCGCCAAUCCUCCACUGUGUCGCUCACGCUUGCUGGUGAUGGUGGUGCUCGCAAGGACUCGUCGACAGAUCCAGAUGAAAGCGUGCAGACCAUCGUGAUCUAA